CGAAUUCGAGACAUUUGGUUAUUGCAAAUAAAACUCCCACAACUUUGGCCUCACUUCAAAAUUUAAGAAAUCCCGUAAAUUAUAUUGUAAGUUUAAAGCCGUACAAUGAGUCAUUGACGCGCCAUGGAAAAUAUCUUAAAAGGCGGUGGUCUCCUCGCAAUAGAAAUGACGACGCUAUUCAACAAGUUAUUGUCGAAUCUGAAGAUAUAUGGAGAGGAAGAAAUAUGUUGGACCCAAUGCGAGUACCUCUGAAUAUGUCUUUACAAAAAAUCGAAGAAGAGCCGGAACUUUUAGGUGAUGGUGAUGAUGAUGACGACAACUAUGAUUUGAAGGUAACUAAAUCUUUUGGUAACUUACGCCGCCUAAGUGGUGGAUGUUUGAGUAAAAAGGAAAGUGAGGAAAAUGUUGAUGGGAAGGACAUUUCAGCUGCAAGCAAGGAACAAAAAUUGAAAUCGUCAAAAUUCAAAGAUAAAAUUCCACUGAUGUUGAGGUCCACUCAGUGUGGCACCUGUGCAAAUUGCUUUGGUAAAAAGCGUAAACUUAAUGGAAACUCUGAGUGUUCAAAAAUAGAAGAUUUAGAAAAACAAAUACAAAGCUUGGAUAAGCAUUUGACAGAUAUACGUCAAAAUAUGAGCCAAAGAGACGAGGUGGAGAAAAUAGCAAUGCUUUCCCAAAAAAUAAACGAAGUGAAUGAUAUUUUGAAAGAAUUAAAACUGAGUUGUUUGCGUCUCGAAGAAACGUUGAUGGAUGGGAAUCAAACUUCAGGAAUGGACAUAAAACAGACUCGGGUGCCACAAGGAAGGAACAUUUCCAAAUUAAUUGACAAUGAAAACACCGCUGGCAUAGGGAAAAUGUCAAAGAAGACAGUGUUUCACCGGAAAAUCUAGAAUAUCCUGUACCCAUCAUUAAGAAUUCUAAAAUAGUAGGAAAUAUUGAUAUGGAGAGCGAUUGGAAACAUUUAUCGAGUCAUUCAUCGAGAAGAUGUAACAACUCACCUAGAGAAAGUUUGGAAUAUCUACCAGCCAAUCAUUCAAUAUCUACGUGUCCGAUUAGGAAACUGGGAAAAACUCAUUGUUAUCGUUCGUUUCCAAAUUCACAACAGUCUCCAUGUCUAUCCUGCCAAAGAUCUUAUCGCGGUGAGGGGACGACAUCUGGUCCUAGGAUACCAAUACGCUAUUUCAAUAACAAUACCGAAAAUCAUUGUUCUUCGUGUGAAUUCCAAGUAUCAGCUCAAAAAAGUCGAAACAAUUACCGAUACCGAAGAACACACGCAGGAAAUGAAAGUCCUCCUCUCACAGCCAAGCCGAGUGAAAUGCAGCACGAAUCCAAAUUCCUGAAAUCACCCAAAUCUAAUGAAAAUAUCUCAUAUUUCACUGCCAAUUUGCCGGUGAUAAAUUCGAAUUUAUUGAAUGCCAUUCUUCAAAUCAUUGGGCCCACAGAUACAGGUUAUAUAGCGCUGACAGUAAUUCUGCAAUCGAAUGAUCUCUACCACAUCAAUAUAUCCGUUACAAACACCGGCCAGUCCUUGGGUGAUGUCUAUACCACCGAAACAGCUUUGCAACAAGCCGAACAAAAUCGACUCUUUGAGCGAUUUCUAACAUUUUUCGUUUUGAAUUCCAACAACACAUUGGAACAAAAGAAUCGAAUUUUGGGGCAUUCAUUUGAGUUCCUCAAUUUGGAAAAUUCACAAAAACACGAUGACCAAAAUAUGGACAACUUAGGAACUAAAACGUCUAACACAUCCGAGGAUUCUUUGAAAAUAAGUUCUGACAAUCCACUAUCGCCUGAGAUUUUUAAUUCCAAGAAUAAAAAUUCCCCUGAAUUUCGAAGAAAGGCUGGUGAAAGUAAUGAUUAUGGAAAUUCCCCUGAAACAAAAAAUUUAGUUUUAAAUAAAGAUAUUCAAAGAGAGUCUCCCCUAGAUGAAACAAAAUACGAUAGCUACAACACACGUCUGGAUAAUUUAGAGCUUGAACUGAAGAAAAUGCGCCAAGAUCUUCAUCAACUGAAUGGCAAAUUAAUGCCCCAAGAUAAAUGGUCUAAAUUACAACAAUUUGGCGAAAAACUAAAAGAUUUAUAUUCAUUGUUGGAAUAUUUAAGGAAUGCAUCAAUAACAGGUGCGGGAAGUCGUCCAAAGGAAAUGGCCGAGCAGGCCGAUGAUAAAAGUGAAUACAAUACCGAACAAUGCCAACAAUUUACUGCUGAAAUUAAUCGCCAUCCUACUCUGUUGGAAAAGUAUUUAUUAACAUUGAAAGAUUUCCGCACCGAUGCCGAAUUAAGAAGGCAACGAUUGGAAAGAAGAUGGCAAGAGAAACUUUUGCGGAAACAACAACGGCAACAACAAACCAAACAAGGAUAUGGUUUGGAUAUUGACCAUAAAUCACCGAGGAAAUUAAGUGAUGGCAACAUUAAACAAUUUGUUGGAAAAGUUGUACGAAAACUUGUUGAAGUUUCUUCCAGACAAGUGGUGCAGGAAAAACAUGUUAAUACACCAACUCAAAUUAAGAGAAAUAUUAAUGAAGUGGAAAACAGUUCGACCCAAUUCAACUGGGAGGAAUAUGGCAAUCCACAAAACUCCUUAAAUGUAAAGAUAACAGAUGCGAAUGACGCGAAGUCCCACCCAAGUAGCAAAUCUGUGAAAAAAAUCAAUGGACUUUAUCAUAUCAGCCUUUCGGAUGCCCAUACUGGUGAAUCACUGGCAUGUCUCUAUGCCAGCAAGGAAGCUAUUCGUGAGGCACAAAGGGAGAAUUUAUUCAAAAAAUAUUUAACCUUUUUCCUAUUGAGUGGAGACCCCUUAAUUGAUGAGGUCAAUCCUUUAAUUGGACAUCUCUUCGAAAUUGUCCAAUAA